AUCUUACACUAAAUAAAGUAUGCAUAUUGAAUCUAGUUAAUAUAUUUGUAUUUGUAUGGUAUCUACAAAUAGUCCUAUUGUUUUUGGCGACUAGAAUCUCUACAAAACGGAACCUUCACAUCGCUUAGAAUUUACGGCAGUGGUGUGUGGUUCAUUUUCGCAGGUAGUCCUUAUGCUGUGUUCAGCGGGUAGUAGUCGACAUACAACAUGAGCAAUAAUGCCCCAACACAAGAUAUAGCUUCGGCUACCUUUCCCAUACGUCGCUCAACAUCAUCCUCAGCUCUGCGCCAGAGCAUUGAUAGCGCCUUCUCCAAACAACUUAAUGGCAAUAUGUCCUCGAACACGAGUACGGUUUCCGUAGCUGUUGACCCUGUGGCCCUCAUCACUACAGAAUGUAUUACUGUUACUUCUGCUAUGCGAAAGCAUGCCCGUUGGGCGCAUUCAUCUGUUUCUUCUAUAUUGGGUGGUAGCUCAAGUCCGUUAAGCUCAGGGUUUCAAACUUCAAGGCCUUCUACACCACGAGAUGAAAUUGGACCUCGCAGAGCACCAAAGGGUUCUGCGGUUUCAGAGGGGAAUGAUGAUACAGGUUUGGCAAACAGAUGGGGCUUAAGGGGGAAGAAAGGGAAGAGCAUGCAAGACAAUCCUUUGAUGGCUGGCUUUGGGCGCCUUAGACGGGAAUUGAGUGGUUGCAAAGGUAGGCCAACAUAAAUCACUUACGGGUUAGGCACAACUGAUCUUAUAUUCUUCUACCAUUAGAUAUACACACAUUCGAUACCCCAUCUUUACUUCAUCCUUUCCUCCAAGUCAUUGAAGCUCCAGCAACCACUGCGCCGAUCACUUCUUUGGCCUUAGUUGCCAUCACAAAGUUCUUCUCGUACAAUUUAAUUAGCCCAAGCUCCCCUCGACUUUCGCAAGCGAUGCAGUCUUUAUCUGCCGCAAUGACACACUGUCGAUUUGAAGCUAGCGAUACAGUGGCUGAUGAGGUGGUGUUCCUACGUAUAUUAAAACUCAUGGAAGGAAUGUUAUCUGGCCCCGGUGGAGAUUUACUAAGUGACGGGAGUGUUUGCGAAAUGAUGGAGACGGGCUUAAGCAUGUGUUGUCAACCAAAACUAUCGGAAUUAGUGCGUCGAUCUGCCGAAAUGUCUAUGGUCAAGAUGUGUCAAAUCAUAUUCGAGAGACUGAAGCAUUUAGAAAUUGAGGCUGGGGAUAAUCUGGGAGCUUUAGACGAAAAGACAAAGGAAGAUAUGGACACUGUUAAAAUGGCCCCUUCAGCAGCUGGUACAGAUGCUAUCACGAAAUUGGCCGCACCUGAUUUUGAAGCACGGCCAUCUUCGUCAAGCUUUGACACAUCACGCCCUGCAUCUGUUAUGAAAAAGCUACCUCUGAUAGAAACUACAUCCGAGGGUGGGACUGCGGCCCCGGCGUCAGAAGCUUCAGAUGACUCCCCAAGCAAGCCUUAUUCUCUUCCGUCUAUAUGUGAGCUAUUUCGGGCUUUGAUAGACUUACUAGAUCCUCAUGAUCGCAAACACGCCGAUGCUCUAAGAGUUAUGGCUCUUCGUAUAAUAAAUGUAGCUCUAGAGGUAGCUGGUCCCUCCAUUGCGAAGCACCCGGCGUUAGCGAUCCUUGCCGAAGACCAUCUAUGUCGAUAUCUAUUCCAAUUAGUUCGAUCCGAUAACAUGGCUAUUUUGCAGGAGUCUCUCAUUGUUGCUGGUACUCUUCUCGAGACUUGUAGAGAAGUAUUAAAGUUGCAGCAAGAGCUCUUUCUUUCUUAUCUGGUUGCAUGCUUGCAUCCUCGUGUAGAAAUUCCUCGAGAGAAAGGAAUCGAUCCCUCUCUUUAUGCAGGGGUACCACAAGCUCCAAAAUUGGUGAAACCUCCACCAUCACAAGCUAGCAGUGGCCGGAACACACCCGUGCCUGUAAAAGAUCGCCGAACAUUAGGAUUAGAAGGUGGAUCGCGCAAGCCGGACGCACGCGAAGCAAUGGUGGAAAGUGUCGGAGCUCUUGCGCGAAUACCGAGUUACAUGGUUGAACUUUAUGUUAAUUAUGAUUGUGAGGUCGACCGAAGUGAUAUCUGUGAGGAUAUGGUUGGACUUCUGUCUCGCAAUGCGAUACCGGACUCUGCGACUUGGAGCACGACAAGUGUCCCACCGCUCUGUCUUGAUGCUCUUUUAGGUUACGUUCAGUUCAUUGCGGAUAGACUUAAUGAUGAGCCAAAACUUGAUGGCUAUCUUGAUCAAUUAACACUACGUGAGCAGAAGCGAAGAAAGAAGAUCAUCAUUGAAGGAACUAUGAAGUUCAAUGAGAAUCCAAAAGCCGGGAUUGGAUUUUUGGCAUCACAAGGUAUCAUAGAUGAUCCUAAAGAUGCAAAGGCUGUCGCAAACUUCCUCAAGGGCACUUCUCGGAUCGACAAAAAGCAAUUAGGGGAAUUCAUAUCCAAGAGGGGAAAUGAAGCCAUUUUGGAGGCUUUAAUGGACUCAUUUGAUUUUAAGAAUAAAAGAGUCGAUGAAGCGUUACGUGAACUCCUUGAGACCUUCAGAUUACCGGGAGAGUCCGCUUUAAUUGAACGAAUUAUCACUACUUUCGCCGAGAACUAUUGUUCAGGUACUUUGCCUGAAGGCAUCGCAGAUAAAGAUUCUGUAUAUGUUUUGACCUAUGCUAUCAUCAUGUUGAAUACGGACCAACAUAAUCCGAACAUGAAGGGUAAACGCAUGGAGCUCGAAAACUUUGCACGAAACUUACGUGGAGUCAAUGGUGGGAAGGACUUUGCUCCACAAUAUCUUCAAGACAUUUACGAAUCUAUCAAAUCGAACGAAAUCAUUUUGCCUGAUGAGCAUGACAACAAGCAUGCUUUUGACUAUGCUUGGAAGGAAUUACUACUUAAAAGCGCUUCCGCAGGUGACCUUACCAUUUGCGAUACUAACAUCUUCGACGCAGACAUGUUCGCAGCUACAUGGAAACCUGUGGUUGCCACAUUAUCCUAUGUCUUUAUGUCAGCUAGUGACGAUGCGGUGUUUGAAAGAGUUAUCACGGGAUUCGAUCAAUGUGUUCGUAUCGCAGCGAAAUAUGGUCUGACUGAGGUUAUCGACCAAGUCGUGUAUUGUUUGAGUUACAUCACUACUCUUGCGACAGAAGUCCCAUCCAGUACUACACUCAAUACUGAGAUACAGGUUGGGGAGAAUAGUGUCAUGGUUAGUGAACUUGCGGUUAAGUUUGGUAGAGAUGUCAAGGCUCAACUCGCUACUGUUGUUCUUUUCCGCGUUGUGUUAGGUAGUGAAAACGUCAUAGGAGAAAGUUGGAAGCAUGUAAGUUGAUCAAUAAUCAAACAAUGUCUACUUUUAACUAAUCACAUAUACAGAUUUCUAGGAUUUGGUUGAACCUAUUUGUUAAUUCUUUGAUCCCCCCUUUUUUCGCUACAUCAAAUAGCAUGGAUAUCGCCCCGAUCCCAUUACAGACUCCCUCACAAGUCAUUGAUCGUGGGACAAAACCUAGCGACACUGGUCUUUUCUCCGCUUUUACAUCAUACAUCUCUAGCUAUGCUGCAGAUGAUCCCCCAGAGCCAUCGGACGAAGAGCUCGAAAGUACUUUAUGUACAGUCGAUUGUGUUAAUGCUUGCUUCAUGGGUGAUGUCUUUGCCAAUAUAGUGUAAGUUUGUCCAUUGAUCGUCUUUUAUCUCAUUACUAACGUGGUUAGGAACAUGCCUGUUGAUUCCUUACGACCUCUGAUACAGGCAUUAAUAUCUCAAUUGCCAGAUGACCCUUCGUCGGUUGUUAUAAGUGUGAAAUCAGAAGUAGAUCCCCCGUCGAGUCCUAUAAACGGCAUUAAUGGUGCAUCUUCCGGCCCUGUGUAUGAUCCUUCAAUGGUUUACAUAUUAGAAUUAUGCACUGUACUCGCAAUCCGAGACAAUGAAACUAUCAAUGCGUUUGGAGCAGAUGUUGCUGAGGCUUUGCAAAAUGUUAUAAGGAAUUCUGCUAGCUGGCAUCCUUUGAUGGUAUCUAGAACAAUAUUCUACCUACUCCACCUUCUACACGCAAGCUAUGUAAGUACAUCCCAUUUAAUUCGAUCGACCGAAUCUAACAUGUCUAGGAACAAUCAUAUAUCCGUGUCCCCGUGGUACUUCACGCCAUCUCAAGUUUCAAAAAGGAUCUAUUCGAGAAAUCUGCUACACUUGCUCUUCAAGGUUUAACUCAAUGUAUAAAGGAGCCCGGUCCUUUACGAAAUGAAAUCAUGACUUCUCCUGAUUUUUGGGUAAUUCUAAAAAAUCUCGCAACCAGCCCUUCUUCCGCAUCUGCUGUGUUCGAAAUACUCGAGGGAGUUGCUAUCGGCUCACCUCCAACGAUAAUGGCUGAUAAUUAUGAAUCAGCUGUGAAGUUACUCAACGAUUUUGCUAUCGCUGGGAGUGUAGGUUCUACUGUGGAGCAAAAACAGGAUAAACGUACACGAAGAGGACAACAAGUCAAACAGCCAAAGCCACAGGUGGUUGAUGCGGUUGUGGCUAGAGGAGUCAAGGCGGUUACAUUGAUAUUUUCUUUGACAUCUAGAAUCCCAGUUUUGAUGGAACAAUCACAUCUUGAGAGCAAAAAAGGUAUGUCUAGAUUCAUUUAUCACAGUAAUCUCCAAUGCUAACUUACUUCAGCUUGGGCAGCUUAUUGGUCACCAAUAUUCAUUGCUCUAACGACACAAUGUACCAACCCUUGUCGCGAAAUUCGUCAUGAAGCAUUCUCUUCACUACAACGUUCCUUAUUAUCACCAGAAUUAACAUCAGGCGAUCAUGAAGAAUGGACCGCUAUAUUCGAUGAGGUUCUCUUUCCCCUCAUAACUCGAUUAUUAAAGCCUGAAGUCUAUUCAUCGGAUCCCAUUGGUAUGAGUGAGACUCGUGUACAAGCUGCCACACUUCUUUGUAGGAUUUUCCUACACUAUUUGGUUCUUUUAUCGAAAUGGGACGGCAUGUUAGAUCUUUGGCUUAAGAUCCUGGAUGUCAUGGAUCGUUUGAUGAAUAGUGGGCAGGGUGACAGUUUGGUAUGUUUAUGCGAUUCACGAACAAAUGCAUUUGGAACCUAUUACUAACAAAUGAAAUAGGAAGAAGCGGUACCAGAAAGUUUGAAGAAUGUCCUAUUGGUAAUGUCCAGUAGUGGGUAUUUGGUACCUCGCAGUCAAGAUGAGACUCAAGAGAAAUUAUGGACGGAAACAUGGAAGAGAAUUGAUAGAUUCUUGCCAGAUUUGAGAAAUGAAAUUGAUUUGGAGGGGCCAGUUGUCGAGGAAAAUGUGAAAGGGAAGGAAAAUGAAGAGUUGUCGACGAGUGUUAAAAGUGAUGCUGGAGCAGGGGUUGAACAGGGUAAAACCGAGGUUAAAGUUUAAUUGUAGAGAAGGAAAGGGGAGAUGGGGAAUUGUAUUAUUAUCAAGCUGUGGGAGCUGUAUUCAGGUUGUACAAAAGACAGCUAGAGGCAGGGAGUUUGGAUGAAUUUGUUGAUGUGAGGGUGGGUUCUUUGGCCAAAAAAACUACCUCUGCUACGUGAGGCGAAUUAAAAAUGGGAUGAGAUUCGGGAAUGGGGAAUGAGGAAUGUGGGGGUGAAGGAAUCAAUGGGGGAUGGAAGAUUUACAUGCACAUUUCGGUAUAUGUGAUGUGUAAUUUGGUUCUAUGGGAAGUGAUGGUUGGAGAAGAGAGAUGAGAGAUUUAUAGGAGAUUGCGAGGAGGGGAUAGUUGAAUUGAGAUGAUUGUAGGUACACUCUUUGUAUAGCGAGAUAGAUAAGGAGUUGAGGGGUUAUAUUAAGAUUAAUAGAUGCAGUGUUUUA